UAUUGACAUACGUCGGCUGCAAUUCGUAAUUUAUAUACAAUCUGCUUAACAGGAAACCACUUGCAGCAAAACCAGACGAGACUAACUUCGAGCUCUCUUCCUUUUUGAGCGGAGGAGAGCUUUGCAAUGAGUUCAGAAUUGUCUUCACAUAACCCCUAAUUUGACUUUUGAUUUGUCUGUUUGUAAAGAUGGAAGGAUUCGCUGAUCUCCUCACUGAUGCUUUUUCAGAGACUUCCGUCCUAUCGUUCCCCGACGGAGAUUUGGACUUUGAGAAUUUAGGUUUUGAUGAGCAAAGUGAGGAAGAAAAGACAGACGAUAAAAAAACAACGACGGACGGGGCUUUCUUUCAGGAAGCAACUGCCGAGACGACGGCUCUGUUAGGCAGCGCGGCUCAAGAUAUGCUGUAUGAGGCUGAGAAUGCUGAGGACCAGAGCUCUGAUGAGAGCCAUGAUGGGGACUUUAAAGGGGCUAGCCUAAUGAGCAAAACACACGAGGACAAUUACACAAGUUCAGAAGGGGAAUCUGAAAAGGGAGACUCUGUCCCUGAUGAAAAUGAGGAGGAGGAUGUGGGGUCAGAAGAGGAAGCAAGGGAUUUGUUGGUGUCGGUCUGCUGCCACGAAGAGUUCCCUGAUAGCAUUAAAGAGGACGAGAUCAUUGCUGAGGGGCUACCUAUGGCCCCAGAGGGUGCUGAUAACCCUCAAGAUAGAAACAAGGUGCGAGGUGAGGCUGAGAGUGAUGAGGAUGUGGCCUACUUCGGAGGAAUCCCUGAACAUGGCAAUGAGCUGAUGGUGAAAGGUGCCGUGAAUGAAGAUGAGAGGCAAGAGAUAGAAGAAGGCUACUCUGUUUCUGAGUGUGAGGGCCUCACAAUCACACCAGAAGAAAAUGUUUGCAAGCAAGAGACUGAAAGUCCUUACAGGGGUGCUGCAGCAAACACCAUCUUGGAAUUUCCAAGCCUAUCUUUGCCAAAUCUGCAAGAUCUCAUAGCUGAAGUUGACGGGGAGGAAACUGUGGAAAAAAUGACAGAUUUCUCAGGAGAGGAUCACCAAGAGGCCGGUGAGUGCUUUGCAGACUAUCCCUCUGACCUUUCCUCUUUCGAAUACACAGAGGAUGGUGGAAAUAAUCAAGAGACAAAGUCAAAUGCCUCAACUUGCAUGAGGCAGCCCACAUGCCCGGAAAAUGUGACAUGGAUGGGCGCAGGGGAGACUGAUGAGGAGAGAGAAGACGACUUUCUGUACAGCAAAGACUUGGAGAUGAAUGGAGAUGAGGUGAUGCGGCUGGAUGUGGCAGGCAGGGAGCAGGCUGAGGCUGUGAGGGAGAGCGAUGAUGGAGAUGAAACGGGGGAGAGCGAGUCCUACAGCUCCAGCGAUGAGGGGGAACCUCUGCGGACCAGCAGAGAGGAACUCGCAGAAAGUGUGAGAGUGCACUAUUUUGAAAACGACAAGCAGAUGGAGGACGGUCAGAUUUAUGGUGGGAGCGGUGGCGCGCUUUCAGCGUGGAGCGUCUCUGAUGACCGUCACCUCCCAGACAGUGGAGCUAAUCAAGCAGAUUUCUCCAGCUGGGACUUUGAUGUGUUGAAAACUGACACCUUUCUGAGUGAUUACUUGCUGAGCACAGAAGACACAGACAAGGCAGAAACAUGUCCCUCCUACGUGCAACGGUGCCCUGAUGACGAUGCCAACAGUUACUCUGAGGUGCAGAGAGAGGAUAGAAGAAUGAUAAGCCUCUCUAAUCAGGGAUCCCUUGAUGACAGCUUCUUCUUCAAUACUGAACUCGAGGCCUCUGGAGUCUCUGAGCCGGGACAGCAGGAACAUGAUGAAUAUGAAGACGAGCGGAACUGGGAAAAGGAGCAGGAGAGAAUUAAGGCUUUCUACGAGUUCUACAAUGACAGCGAUGAGGAGAACCUAGGAAAAGGCAGGCAAAUAAAAGUGCAGUUUUCUUCAGAUCAGUUGUCUCAAGUUAUUCACUAUGAAACUGAGAGUAGUGACAGAGAUUCCCUAACCAGCUCCGACGGGGAGGAGGACACGGAGGAGGACAUGAGCUCCACAGACACACCUGAUGAAAUGAAGGAGUCUGGAGAUAUCCUGCAAAAAAAAGAUGCCGCCGAUCCGCCCGACGUUCAGGUGCCAGAGAGCCCGUCAGACCACAGCGUCACGCAAACCUUCAAGGGAACAAACAAGACUCUCAGCACGUUGAAGCUCAUUUUGAAGAUGGUUGUUCUGUUGGGGAUGGGACUGCUGAUGUUCUGUCUUACUGCAGACCAGAUGGACUGGCUCAGCCAGCUUUUCUUCUUUUAUGGCUAUGGCUUCUUAUCAUAUUUUUAAACUACUCUUGAAAAAGAGAGACACCUGAAAUGACACAACUGUCUUGUACAUAUUUUACUGUAAACAUUUCCACAAAAAACUUCUGUAUAUACAAGAAUAUGAAAUGUUAUCUUUGAUAUGCAGCUAUAUGUGCUUAAUAAAGUUGAGUUUUUUUUUAUGUGAG